UUUCUUAUCCUUACAUAAAUAUUCAGUAUCUAACAAUAGCAACAUGAACAAUAACCCAUACAGUUAUACAGUUUAUUACUUAGUAACUGAUGAUGUUUGCUAAUGCUAAUGACUCCACCCGUACAUUGCAGGAUAUUUCAUCAUUUUAGGACAAAUGCAUAACAUGGAUAUUUCCCAUCUCAUUUGAGUCAGACACUAAAGUACACAAAGCCUAUUUGUAUGUUCAUGUUUUCUGUUCCGAGCUCCAGUUUAUUGACACUUACUCACAGUAGUGUUUACUAUUUCUUCAUCCAUACUGAUAUGGGGGAGGUCAGCGCUGCCGUUAUUUACCGGACACAACCAGGAUCACAAGUCAGCUUUAUUCUACCAAUAGAAUUACUCGCUUAAGAUCAUUUUACCAUGCUACACCUCGGGAUAUCUUGGAAGAUUUAUCUUGGAUUUGCUUUCCUGUCAUGUGGAGGGCAUCACUGCGUUUCAGCGAGCCGUUACUGCGAUGCUCCCACACUGGAUGGAGGUUAUUUAGUUCCUGAACAGGACACAUAUAACCAUGGGACAGUGUUGUUUUACGCAUGUGAGAAUGGACUCAAGCCGGCCGUGGAGGGUUGGUGGGCGACGACGACAUGCCGGGACGGUAAAUGGUCCACUCGACCACAAUGUAUAGAUAUCAACAAUUGCAUCCCACUCGUGCUCCCUCAUGGUAAAUACCAUUCCAGCUCAGAGGGUUGGUACAUGAACGGCUACACAAUCAGGGUAACAUGUGACACUGGAUACGUGCACAGAAACUGGGACGCUACAGCGCUUUGUGCAAAUGGAACAUGGACCUCCGUGCCAGUCUGUGAGCGAAGUACCCAGGCAUGCAAUGAACCCCCCAAAGUCCCACACGGCGUCAUCGUCAACCAGAACCCUAAACAGGAUGUGUAUGCGUCUGAUACUGAAGUAGUGUAUGAGUGUGAGGAUGGAUACAAUGUACAAGGAGGACACGUUAAAAAGUCCAUCUUUUGCAUCGCUGGGAACUGGACAACAGCGCCUGCUUGUGUCAGAGAAAUAAAGCCAACUCCUGCAGGCGGUGGAUCCACAACAUCUACUGAAGGGAGAAGACCAGGUAGUGGUAAGGAUGGCUCUGAAGUGGGCGGAAGAGGAAACACUGGCGGGGUCGACCGGUGCGGAACAGCUCCCAUCGUCCCAAAUGGUGACAUCGUGGAAAGGAACCAGAUGUUUUUGAAGUACCAGUGUGCCAGUUUCUACACACGAGUGGGUCCAAGGAGGGUGGUGUGCCACAGCAAUGGCCAGUGGUCCAAAAUACCCAUCUGCAAAGCUGCCUAUUGUUCUGUGGACACCAGUGAACGCACCCAGUUGAAAGAUGUUGGGGUGAAAUUUAUAAACAGUGGUGAGAAGGUGAGGUUGGAGUGCGUGAAACUGGACCACUGGCUGACGAAUCAUUAUUCGGUGGCGUCGUGCAAUAAUGCAGAGAUAACAUUUACUAGAUGUUGUAACUGGUGGGAACUGAAGUGGAAUACAUGCUAACAUGGAGAUUGACAGCUCUUCUGAUUCACCGCCUUAUAUAAGAAAAUCCCGAUGGCCCCAAACAUAAGACGGCCCUGAAUUUAAGACGCCCCCGGAUAUGAGACCACACUGAACAUAAGACCACCCUGAAUAUAAGACAAACCUGGAUAUAAGACCACCCCGAAUAUAAGACAAACCUGAAUAUAAGACCACCCUGAAUAUAAGACAACCCUGGAUAAGGCAACCCUGAAUAUUAGACUACUCAGACAACCCUGAAGAUAAGACAAACCUGAAUAUAAGACCACCCUGAAUAUAAGACAAACCUGAAUAUAAGACCACCCUGAAUAUAAGACAAACCUAAAUAUAAGACCACCCUGAAUAUAAGACAAACCUGAAUAUAAGACCACCCUGAAUAUAAGACAAACCUGAAUAUAAGACCACCCUGAAUAUAAGACAAACCUGAAUAUAAGACCACCCCGAAUAUAAGACAAACCUGGAUAAGGCAACCCUGAAUAUUAGACCACUCAGACAACCCUGAAUAUAAGACAAACCUGAAUAUAAGACCAUCCUGAAUACGACAACUCUAAACAUAAGACGACCCAGGAUAUAACAAUCCUGAAUAUAAGAUGACUCUAAACAUAAGACAGCCUCGAAUAUAGAACCAUUCUGAAUACAAGACAACCCUGAAUAUAAGACCUAUAAGAUGACCCUAGAUAUGACAACCCUCAACAUAAGACGACCUUGAAUAUAAGAUGACCUAGAGUGUUAGACAACCCUGAAUUAAAAAAUACCUUGAAUAUAAGACAAUCCUGAAUGUAAGACCUCCCUGCAUUACUCGUUUAGCAACACUUGGAAGCAAAGGUUUGGUCUGAAAUUCGAGGAACACUAUUUGUUUAUCACUUACAAUGCAAAUAUUCACAUACAUAACAUACAUGUUGAGCUGGUGUGAAUAAAAUGUAGUUUGGAAAGCAA